UGUAUCGUCUUCCUUGAAACCUUCAUGGAGCUCAUUCAGGCCACCCAAAUGUCCUUACUGCCUCAGGAAGAGGCCACAGCUACCUGGAGCAACAGCUCAGUCCUGCCUUACUCCAGUGCUUUGCUGUUUGCGACUCCCUCGGCACCAGAACCCAGCAUCGCCCCAAUCGACGGAUCGUUCUUCUUUAACAGCACCUGUCAGAACUGCACCAAAAGCACAUCUGUCUCCCUCCCUGGUUUGGCAGGAAUCUUCAUCCCUCUUAUUUAUGGGAUGGUUUGUAUAGUUGGCUUAGUGGGAAACACUCUGGUCAUCCACGUUAUUGUGAACUACACAAAAAACGAGUCAGUCACAAACAUCUACAUCUUGAAUCUAGCCAUCGCAGAUGAGCUUUUUAUGCUCGGCCUGCCUUUCUUGGCCGUACAAAAUGCUCUCCUCUCCUGGCCUUUUGGCUCAUUGAUGUGUCGCGUGGUCAUGACGGUCGAUGCUUUCAACCAGUUUACCAGCAUCUUUUGCCUGACUGUGAUGUCGGUGGAUCGAUACCUGGCUGUCGUCCACCCCAUCCGGUCCUCCUGGUGGCGACGCCCCCACGUGGCCAAGGCUAUCAGCGGCACAGUGUGGGCUGGGUCCUUUGUGGUGGUGCUGCCGGUGGUGGUGUUUGCAGAUGUGCUGAAGGAUGAUGGGAACUGCAGCAUCGUGUGGCCUGAACCCGCAGAAGUGUGGAAGACAUCUUUCAUUGUGUACACGUGUACUGUUGGCUUCUUCUGUCCUCUGCUUGUCAUCUCCUUGUGCUACCUGCUCAUCAUCAUCAAGGUGAAGACAGUUGGAAAACGGACACAAGCCACGUCAUCCAGGCGCAGGAAAUCUGAGCGAAAAAUCACCAGGAUGGUGGUAGUUGUUGUUGCGGUCUUUGUUCUCUGCUGGCUGCCGUUCUACGCUCUCAACAUCCUAAACCUUGUCGUGGUCCUGCCUGGAGACUUCAGGGGACUCUACUACUUUGUUGUUGUGCUUUCAUACGCAAACAGCUGUGCCAACCCCAUACUGUACGGAUUCUUGUCCGACAACUUCAAGAGAGGCUUCAGGAAGGCCCUGUGUCGCACGUCCCGUAAAGUGAAGAGUAACGACAGGGUUGGCACUGAGGUUCAGCGGCCCACCGAGGAGUGGGGGGGCAUUGUGCUCCAGCCACAGAAAUGUAACAGAAUCGUCAACAURCACAGGGAGGACUGCGGUGAAAAUAAUGUCAUAGAGGAAAUCGUUGGAGCAGAGGGGGGCUUACAGAUGAGAGAAAUAAGCAGAACUUCACAAAAAGGAAACAACUAUGAAGUAAACGAGGGUACCAAGGCACGCGUUGUGACCAAUUCUGAAUUGGCUUUGGAACCUCUUCAGACUGUGUCCUUUAAGGCCAAUAAAAUUAAAAGUAGUAACUCACAAGCUGAAAAACUCCCAGACAAAACUUCUGUUCUUAAAAUCAGUUAUCUGUAAUGUUGGGUUUUGUUACGUGCAAUUUCUUAAUUGACAUCUGUAUUCUACAAAAUGCAGGUCAUCAGUGACCUUUAUCACCUGUUUGUAUUACGCAACAAUCUGCGUAAUCUGUGGCAUCAUGGUAUAAAGGGGGGACGUUGUGUAAAACGUAAUUAACAAAAAAAAUGAUGAUUUGCAAAUCAUUUUUACCUUAUAUUCAAUUAAAUGUCCUAUAAAGACAAGAUACUAAAUGUUGAAAUGGAUAAAGGUUUUUGCAAACAUUGAGUUAUUUUGAAUUUGAUGCCUGCAACACGUUCUACAAAAGCUGGGACAGGGGUAACAAAAGACUGAGAAAGUUGAGGAAUUCUCACAAAAAAAAGCAAAAAAAAAAAAAAAGCACCUGUUUGGAGCAUUCCACAUGGUAGGAAACAUGUGAGUGUCAUGACUAGGUAUAAAGGGAGCAUCCCUGAAAGGCUCAGUCGUUCAUAAGCCAGGAUGGGGUGAGGUUCACCACUUUGUAAACUGCAAAUCAGUGCAAAGUUUAAAAGCCAGCAUC